AUGGAAACAACCGAAAUAGGAAAACAGCACAAUGAAGUUGUGGAUGUCCAAGAUAACAAAGAAUUACUUCAAAUGAAGAAAGACCAAGCGUUUCAAAAGGUCAAGGAAAUGCAUGAAAGUGACGAUGUUCAAACUGAAGAGAGUAAAAAGAAGGGAAAGUUGGUGACUGAAGUUAUCACAGACGAGGUCACAUUAAACACACAAGAAGCUCAGAAGUAUAUGGAAACUAACAAACUCCACACAAACACAGAGAACGAUGGAACUCAAAAUGAAGAGAAAAAGGAAGAGAAAACUACAGAACAACUAGAGAAUGCUCAGGGGAUACAAAAUAUAACAGAAAAGAAGAGCUUUGAAACUUCAAAUGUUAAUGUCGAACAAACAAAUGAAGAACAUUUGAAUUUAAAAAAUGAAACAGCAAUGGAAGAAAACAAAGAAGACGGAGAACAAAAAGAUGUCCAGUCAACACACGAAACAAAUAAUGAAACGACAAUAACACCACAAAUUGAAACGCCACGUUUAAAUGACACAAAAGAAGAGAUCAAAGAAGAAACUAAACAACAAAAUACAAAACAAAAUGAAAGUGAAUUAACCGAAGACCAGUUGUUUGCUGUGUCAUUUGCUGUUGCUCUACAAAACAAGGAAAUCGCUUUCAUACAACAACAAUCACAAAAUAAUGAAAAUGUGGGAAAGGAAGACAUAAUAAAUAUUGCAAAUCCAAACAAAAAAGAUAAUGAAGACAAUCAACCAAAACAACAAGAAGACGCCAUUCAGUUACAAACUCAACAAAAAGAAAAUGUGGCGGUAAAUACAACAGUAGUACCCACACAAACCAAUUUCACACAAAAUCGAAAUGUUAUUGGACAACUAUUUCAACGAAAACAAGACGUUAAAAAUGAAGAAGAGACACUUAUUAUGCCACCAAAUCAUGAUGAGAAAGAAGAUAAUAUAAUGAAAUGUCCGUCGAGAAAAAAUGUACCACUUCCAAAAGGAAGAAAGAGAAUGACAAAAAAUAACAAACAAAUUGGAGUUAUUGAAGACAAAGACGAAUAUAAUAAAUAUAAUAAUAAAGAUGAAGAUACAAAACAAACAACAACACCACAAAGUGAUGAAAAACCAAAAGAAGAAAAAAAUGAACAACCAGAAGUAGAUGUGAAAGUGAAUGACGAAAUUUCACAACAAGAAACUGUAUUAAAAGAAAUACAAGAAGCUGAACAUUUGGAAGUCGAACAAAAACAAAAAGACGUCGUUGAAGAAAAAAUACAAAACGAAAUAACAAAAGAAGAACAAAUUGAAACGGUUACGAUUGGCACGACAAAAAUUGAUGAAAUCACAAACAACACAAGUAAUGAAACGACGAUCACACCACAAAUUGAAACGCCACGUUUAAAUGACACAAAAGAAGAGAUCAAAGAAGAAACUAAACAACAAAAUACAAAACAAAAUGAAAGUGAAUUAACCGAAGACCAGUUGUUUGCUGUGUCAUUUGCUGUUGCUCUACAAAACAAGGAAAUCGCUUUCAUACAACAACAAUCACAAAAUAAUGAAAAUGUCCGAUUACAAGAUGGGCAAAAAGAAUUACAAACACUGAACGAUUAUACUUUGACACAAGAAACGACAAAAUCACAACAUCCACCAAUUCAAAAUUGCGUGACUGAUGAAACAACACUCAAAGAAUCGACAGAAAAAACAAAAUGUGAAUUAACUGACGACCAGAUGUUUGCUGUGGCAUUUACAAUUGCACUACAAAAGGAAGGGACUUUGUUGAUAUUACAAAAAGACAUCAAACACGCCAACAAAGACGAACAAGUUUUUGAUGUUGAAAAAGAACACAUUUGUUUUGAUGAAGAAACAAAACAAACAAAAGAAAAGACAGUCAUCGAAAGUGUUGCACAAGAAGAUGUGAAACAAAAAGAAAUAGAGAAAAUAGUUGAAAUUAAUAAGGCAGAAAUUAAACCAAAAAUUGAAGAACAAAAGAAAGAAAUUACAUCAAAUGCGAAGAUGAAUAGUGACAAAGAGGUGUUAAACAAAGAAGAAGAUGUGGCGAUCAAAAAGAAUGGGAAGUUGAUUCUUAACGCAAUACAAAGUGUUGCUGAUUUGAAGAAAGAAGAACAAAUUCCACAACAACAAAACUCUGAACAAGACAAAGAAAACGAAGUUGAAGAGAAACACAAAGAGAUAAUCAAACCAAACAACAAAGUACACAACGACGAAAUAGACCGUAAAGUUAUACCAACAGAACAAGAAAUUCCACCAGCUGCGAGUAAACACCAACUUGAGAUGUCACAACAAAUUGAGCCAACAAAACAACCAACUACAAAAAUAAACGAACACGAGUUGACAGAAACAAAAUCAGUUGAAGUGAUAAAACCAAGUCAAAAUGAAGUGCAUCACAAGUUGGAAUCUGUUGAUUUUGGUAAUGGUGUUGUCAUGACAUACGACCCAGAUACACUUGAACAACACUUGAAUGAGGGAAGGUACGAAUAUUACAUGGAAAAUGGGAAUCAAAAAAUGCUUGAAGAGAACCCAUGGGUCAAAGAAAUGACGAGAAUAUCAAUUUUCGGCACACAACAAGAAAAGGAAGAAGCGUACGAAAAGUACUCACAAGAACUCUUCAAAUACAUAUUUGGUGACACCGAUGUCUCAACACUAAAUUUGCCAAAAAUCACCAACAAAACACCACAACUCGAUAUCAUACAGAUGAUCAGAAACGCUGGGCGCAACGAUAUUGCAGAUAGGUAUCUUGAAAUAUACAAUAUCACUCAGAAGGUGUUUAAUUAA